CCUUUGCUUUUUUUAACCCUUUUCUUGACCUUUUUCUCUUUUCCCUUCCUUUCCCUCCUCCGUACUCUUUCCCCUCCCCCUUCCCCACCCCAGCUCCCCUCCCCCAUUCCAAAAGUCGCUCUCUCUUAAAUCUUCUCUUCAAUCAAAACACAAACCCACUCGCUUCGCAUCAAAUGGUCUCCCCCAACUCUCCCACCGCCUCCGGAGGAGCAGUUUCGGGGUCAGAGUCGAUGAUGGCGAGCUCGGGUGCUGCGCUCCAUUCAGCAAGAUUGAUUGAGGACAAGACCAUGACGACGAGUUUGACAACGGACACGGACACGGACACGGAAACGGACCAGGACCAGGACCAGCAGGACAAGGACCGCCGCCAGGGCCAGCAGAAGCUGCAGCUGCAGCAGCUGCAGCAGGAGCAGAAGCAGCACAACCUGCUGCAGCUCAAGGACAACAACAGCAUGGACUUGUUCGCUGCUUCGUCGUCCUCAUAUUCCUCAGCUGCUGCUUCGUCUGCUUCUCCAUCACUGGAGCAGUUUAGCAAGGAUGUUCAAUCCCACUCCGUGGACAUGUCCUUCAACAUAGACUUGUCCUCCAGUCAACCUAUCAGGAAGCGCAAGCAUUCCGACGACCCCACGGCUAUUGCGUCCGGUGCCAGCACGCCUGGUCACCACGCAUCGCCGCCCUCACAUACAGUAUCGGCAUCGUCCACACCCCCUUCUUCGAUACCCUCUAUGUCUGCCUCGCCACUGACCGCCAAACCGUUUGAUGGCGACGACUCAGAACAUGCCCCUUCUGACACUGAGCGACCAGCAGGACAUGUGCAGCCCCGAAAGGGAAAGAAGGAUCACUUUCUUAAGCGACGAAGGGUUUAUGACGUGGACGAUAAUCAUGAAGACGAGAAUGGAACUUCUGGCCCUGGAUAUCCAGAAGGUUAUUCCAUUAUCAUUGGCGAUGACGACGAGUACGACAACAAUGAGGAGGAAAACAACGAUAACGGCGGCGACUGUACAGAUCGAGGCGACUCUAGAUUUUACGUCGACGAGAACGACGCUUUAUCAAACCAGGCGGAUGAUGAGGACAGUAUUGUGGAGGUCUAUGGUGGCUCUCCGGCACAUUCGAUCAUUGGGUUGAGCUCCUCAGGCGACGUUUCAGGACAGCGUGAGCCAUCGCCUGCAGCGACACAUUUGUCCGAAGGAUCCGACUCUACUAUUACGCCCAACACAAUUGGUCGUGCAGCUGGAGAAUCGCGUUCUUUGAACCGACAAUCUGAGUCGAGUACCACCCCCAGGCCCAGAGCAUUACCUUCAGGCACGACAGUGGGCGGCCCAGACGUUGAGGAGGUCAUUGAAGUGAUUGAUUUGACUCGUCCAGAGAGACGAGUCAACUACCCGCGUGGCGAUUCUCUUCCCCGCGUAUCUGGACUCACACCUCAGCAUUCGUUCCACCUUCCGACCUUGCAACGAUUGGUUUCAAGAUCAUCAGAGUCAGUGGAGAGAAGCCAGUCGAGGAGAGCGAACCAAUCGCAUAGUUCGAUCGAUAUUCUCGAAAUUCCAGACGACGAGGAGGAAGAAAAUGACAAUAACGGCGAUGAUGACGACCGAUUUGGUAAUGACACAGUGCGCAUUGAUAGUGAUGUGCGUGAAGUGCAGCUGGAUCCUCAUCAUCCGUGGGCUCGCGGUCCUAUCCAGCUCAUCUUGUCGCCUGAACGACCUGCAGAAGACGAGUAUUUGGAGGGACAGUCCCAACGACGGCUUGAGGACGCGAUUCUAGUGGAGGACCAUCUGCCACAAAUCGAUUACGAGGACAUUGAGAGCGAGAGCGACGUCGAGGAGGUAGGAGGCUCACAGGACCCUGUAGAGAUGGAAGACGAUGGAGUGACGGACGGACAGGUGCAGGAGGAGGUCAAUUGGAUCCUCAAUUUGCGGCGAGAUGAUCAGAGGAUGAUGUCCCCGCCUGGCAGCAGGAGACGUCGAGCCCCGUCCUUCCCAGCAUCGCCGCCUUUCGAACCGCGCUCGUAUUCGUUUGAGGCUAGACCGAGUCCUUUCCCGACAUCGUCUCGUCGAAGUGCAACUCCAGCGAGUCAACAUCGGUUCAGUCCCGUGGCGAGGCGACCUUCACCUGUGCCUUUGAUUUUGCGGGAACCUUCAUUACCGAGAUCACCUCCUGCGAGAUCUUCGCCGUAUUCGUUCAACAGAUCGUACAGCGUUGGAUCCUCGACCCAGUCAACACCAAAGGCGCUCAAAAUGAAGGUUGAGCAUGCGACUGUGCAAAGUGUCCCCGUUAGCUGGAUCAAUCAGAACCUUCGGUGCAGCAUCUGCCUGGAGGUGAUGGUGAUUCCAACAAUGACACGCUGUGGGCAUGCGUUCUGUCGCGACUGCAUCUUGCAGGCGGUGGAUACAGCCAAAGUGUGUCCGAUGUGCCGAGCCCCGAUUACCCGGGCCAAGCUCUCGGAGCUCGAAUUCUUUGUGAAGACUUUGAACACGAAUGGUAAUGGUGCACAUGGAGGCAGCGGUGAAGACACUAAAGUGCAAUGAAGAUUUUUUUUUUUUUUUUGCUUCGCUCAUCUAUUCGUCUCUUUUCUUUCAUUCUUCCUCACUGUUCAUUUUCCUCUGCCACUCUGGCUCCUUUACCUCUUAGUGUUUUUGCGUUUUUCUUCUCCUUCUACUACCUCUCUGUAUCAGUCUCCCUCUCCCAUGUGUAAAAUAUUCUCUAAAACAACAAAAAAAGAUAACAACUUGUAAUCAUAGUCUUACUCCAGACCUCAUAGUCCUGCACCUUUUCGUAUUUACAAAGCAACGAAAUAAAUCGAGCGCCGCCGUUUAAUCGAGUG